UCACUACUCGACAACCGGAGAACUUCUGCAGCGGCCGGUGGACAUUCUAACUCACGAAGAAACAGGACGGCUGGGGAUCAGCCUUGUUCAGCUUCGGGCAGAUUCCAAAGAGCGCCCAAGUCAUUGCGAGAUCAUCAUAUCUUUGUUUGCAACAGGCGAGGGAGGGCACUUCUACUGUCCAUUCCCGGGGUGUACAGCAAGGACUACACACCGAUACAAAAUAGCCGAACACUUGAGGAGGAUCCACACCGGACCCCAUUUCUGUCCUGGCUGUGGAACACUGUACGCAAAGUUGCCGGGAUUAAAACGGCAUAUGACAAGAAAAGGACACGUCGCUAGCCAGGAGGACUCCGUUCUUCAAACGUGGCGGGAAAAUGCUGUAAAAGAAUUCCUCUUGUCGACCUGCGAUGUAUUCGCGGCUGAGAUUCAGAAACGUAUGUUGUAAACUUAAUGUUGUUUUUGGCCACAUCCUGGAAUCUGGGUACAAGUGACUUGAUAUAUUAUUACCAGCAGAAGCAAGCAAGCAAGACAACCUUCCUGAUAUUGUCUCCCGUCAGACUUUCGUCGUGGCAAAGCUUGCAAAGUUUAGCGUCAGUCUCGCUGCGGGAGAUUCCUGCCAUGUUCUCGGAAAGAGUAAUUUCAAAGGCAGUCAGAAUGUGAAACCUGAACUCAAGAUCAGUGCAAGAAUACCACAGAAGAGAAAACCACCUGGUAUGGAAGAAGACAGCGAUGACAAGACACCUGUGAAGAAGGUGAGAUCGAACACAGCUAAGAGUGUCCAGUCUCCUGCCAAGGCUGUGGAUAUAGGAGAGGUGGAGAACAGUACAGAGGAGGGGGAGAAAAUGUUUGAAUGGCUCAUCCAUCCUGUCAAGAAGGAAAAGUUCUUCAGUGAACUGUGGGAGAAGAAACCCUUGUUGGUAAAGAGACAUCUGGAGUCUUACAACGAUGGCUGGUUCAGCACAGAAGACCUGACCAAGAUUUUACAUGAAAACGACAUACAGUUUGGGAGGAACCUGGAUGUUACCACGUACGAGGGUGGGCAGAGGGAGACCCACAAUCCCCCGGGGCGAGCUUACCCAGCAGUCGUGUGGGACUACUACCAGAAUGGGUGCUCUGUGAGGCUGUUGAACCCUCAGACCUACUCCCAGGGUGUGUGGAGACUGUGUUCCUCCCUACAGGAGUACUUCAGCAGUAUGGUUGGUGCUAACAUUUACCUGACUCCACCAGGCACCCAGGGUUUUGCUCCUCACUAUGAUGACAUUGAAGCUUUUGUGCUGCAGUUGGAGGGUAAGAAACACUGGAAACUCUACAGCCCCAGGAAUGAUGCCGAAAAGCUGCCAAGAUUUUCCAGUGAUAACUUCAGGCAGGAGGAGAUAGGAGAGGCCAUCCUGGAUGUGACCCUGGAGCCGGGGGAUCUGUUGUACUUCCCCCGGGGUACUAUCCACCAGGCCUCCGCCUUACCAGACACACACUCUCUACACAUCACUGUCUCUACCUGUCAGAGGAACACCUGGGGAGACCUCAUGGAAAAGCUUGUGCCAGCUGCACUGACGAUGGCCUUCAGUGAGGAUGUAGAGUUCAGACAGGCCCUGCCUCGGGACUACCUGGACUACAUGGGGCUGGCUAAUGCAGACCUGGAUGACCCGAGAAGAAAAGCGUUCCUGGGGACUGUCCAGUCUCUGCUGGCCCGGUUGGUCAACUAUGUUCCUGUGGACGCAGGAGUGGACCAGAAGGCUGUGGAGUUUAUGCAUGACUGCCUCCCACCUGUCUUCACUAGGAAGGAGAGGGCCUGCAGUAUCUAUGGGUGCAGAACCAGGCUGGAGAGGGGCAGGGUGGUCGGGUCUGUGGACCUCAAGACUAGCACAUCUGUCAAACUCGUCAGGAAGGGAGCGGCUAGACUUGUAAUGGAGGGUGAGCAGGUGUUCCUGUACCAUGUCCUGGAGAAUGCCAGAGUCUACCACGGGGCGGAGCUACAGCCCAUCGAGAUACCGCCGGAUGCUGCCCCAGCUGUGGAGUACUUGAUGCACUCCUACCCUGCAUAUGUCACUAUUGACAGCUUUCCUUUGGACCUUCAACAGGACAAGGUUGACCUGGCCAUGUUGAUGUUUGAGAAGGGGAUCAUCAUUGCCCAAGAACCAGUCUCUGUUGACAACUGAACUUUUAACCUUUCUCUGAAAUAAAGUAGCAUCAGGAUGUCAGAGGUCAAACACACAUACAUGUACUUAAACUCUGUCAUUUUUGGCAUGCGUUUUCUUGCUGAACUAUUUAUUUAAUAUACCUAAUCAUUGUUGAGAAUUGUAUCGAAUGACUGCAAGCUAGGUUCCAAAGCUAGUCAAGUAGAACAAAUUUUGUAAUGAACUGCAUAGUGUUUGUGUUCUUAGUGCCAAAUAAAAUACUACUUUUCUCAAUACUUAAUAAAUAGUAUGUCCUAAUAUUGACAUUGUCCCAACAUUUCAACUUCAAACAAGUUACAUGUAGUUAAAAGAGAUAAUAUUAUGGACCACGUAUCACUUCAUUAAUUAUUUUCAACUUUUAUGACGUACCUUGCAAUUCUAGUAAUACCCUUGUAGUGUUAUUGUUUCAUGUAAAACGUAUCUGUGCCCCAAUGUUGUGUUUCUUUCUAGUGUGCUACAUGUAUUUAGGAUGAAUUGUUGCAGAAAU